AUGGGCUUCACCAAGAAGAUCAAAGAUGGCCUCAAGCACGCGGUGCAGGAGUGCUUCGAUGGCAGCGCCGGCUACGCGGCCGCCGGUCUUGGGGCCGCGAUGCAUGGCGGCAGCCGCGACACUUUUGCCCACCCCGGCACGCUGAUGGGCCCGCGUGAGGUGGAGCUGCUGCGGUCCCGCACGGCUGGCAACAAUGUCAAUGACGAGUGGGCGGCGGCGGCUGCGCAGCUUGCUCAAGACACGCCGAAGCAAUACAGCCCCCAUGCGCUGAAGGAGGCUGUCAUUGACUUCAACGGCGUGGGCAAGGGUCACGAUGAGCUGGUGGAGAAGGACGGCAAGAUGGUGUACAUGCAGACCAUGAUGUGGCUGGUCUCAGGGGAUGACAAGUACGCACGCAACGCGGCUGACAUCAUAUGGGCAUGGUCCACCACCAACCGCGUUUUCAAAGGGCAGAACGCCCCGCUGGAAGCGGGGUGGGGCGUGGCUAGCAUGGCGCGCAGCGCAGAGCUGCUCAAGCACACGUGGCCGGGAUGGAACAGCGUUGUGGAGGCCGCGUUCUUGAGCUGGGUGGACCGCCUCAUCAUGCCUGAGCUGCGGUCCGAGGCGCUCUCACGGCUGCCGCUAGGCAACUGGCACAGCACCAUCGCCGAGUGCAAAGGGCAGCUUGCGAUCCUCAAGGGCGACCGGCGUCUGCUGGACGAGGCGCUGUCAGACUGGCGGCGGGUCAUGGAUGCGUACCUGCAGCCGUGCGGGGAGUGCACUGAAACGAAGCGGGACCUGUACCACUCACAGUUUGGGCUGGGCGGCCUGAUCCAGCUGGCCGAGGUUGCCUGGCAGCAGGGGCUGGACCUCUACUCGUACGGAGACAGCAAGCUGUGCCGUGCGAUGGAGUUUCACGCGGCCAUCACGAACGGCAAGCAGCCGCGGGAGUGCUGUUACCCCCUCAAAGGCAUCGGCUUCCUGCCGUGCGGGUGGGAGGUGGGCUGGAACCACUACGCGGGCAGAUGGGGGGUCAGCAUGCCGGAGACGGAGGCUAUGCUGAGGGCCAAGCGGCCGGAGCGCUACGUCUUCCACUGGGGCCUAGGCACACUGUCGCACUACGGCUCAGCCCAGGCGCUGGCAGCAGCAGGCGGCGGCGAUGACGGGAACAGCCAGCAGCGGUAG